AAAGGAUUCACAGUUUCGAUUGUUCAUCCAUCCAUCAACCCCAGGAAGACAGGAGAAAGCCAUUUCGGCAAAGCGGAGUGAAAUUCAGCUUUUUCCGGAGGAAAACUUGUAUUGCAACGCACUGCUUCGAGAGAAUUUGCGCGCCAAACUAAAGGUGACUGAACCCGCGCAACUGAUCCAGGCAAGAAGAAAGAAACGACGACGACAAAGAUGAACUCCACCGCAGUCACCAUCCUCCUGGCGCUGGCUGUUACGAUUCUCUGUUUGGCGCAUGUGAUAGAUUGUGGCGUUGUGGAUAGGGAACCACGUGCCUACAAACAAUACAGCAACGAACCUCCUCCAGCCAAACGACCGUUUUGCAACGCCUUCACGGGUUGUGGCAAGAAACGUUCCAGUGUAGUUCCCGUGACGCCAGUUAACAUGAUUCACAGGCACGCGCUCACUUCGGAGCAGAAUCGACCCAAGGUGACGGAAGGUUUCGACCCCAACGAGGACUCGCUGGCCAAUUUAAUCGACCUGAACACGGAACCCGCCGUCGAAGAUCUGAUGAGGCAAAUCAUGUCCGAGGCCAAGCUGUGGGAAGCCAUUCAGGAAGCUAACCGGGAGAUUUACCUUCAGAAACAGGGACAAAAAUCAGAAUCCAACUCGUUUCCAAUCUCGUUCAGUACGCAGUAAGAGGUUGGGGAGAAGUUUAGGGUUAGGUACUAUGCGUGAGAUUUAAUAAUACUCUUUUGAUUGAAACAUGUAGCUUGAAUUAAGUCGAAGGGAAACGGUUGCUGUCCAGAAUCACCCUUGCUCCAAUGAAAUCCUGUUGCCAAAUACUACCGCUAUUAUAACAAUGUGUCUAUUGUUCGCUUCAGAAUUGUGGAACACUUUUAAAAUUAAGGAUUCUCUGUAAAUAGUGCUCUGAUACGAAGUUUCAUAAAUUUCCAGUUGUCAUUCACUUGAGAUUGUUGCAAUAAAAUUUGAUUAUUACCAGUGUAAA